AAUUAGUAAAAACGUAGUCUUUAAUUUUUAUUGAUCUUUUAGGUCUCGUAACGUGAUCAAAUGCAAAAUUAAUGAACACAAUAAAAAUAGUUAUAAAUAGAUACAUAAGUCAUUCAAGAAUAUUUAAUACAAAUAUGAAUAUUAUUAACAUUUUACGAAGGAAUGACGCAUGUGUGUUUUAAACGUGACUUAUCAACUUUGCCGUUUAACUUAUAUAUACGUGCAUUAAUGUUAAAUGCAGUAAUGUUAAAUUAAUAUUUAAUAACGAAAUAAUAAUUAAUAAAUAGAGAACGUAUCAGUUCAGAAUAUAUGUUAACGCAAAUAAGGGAACAUGUCAAUGCCUAUGAAUUGGAAUGAAGAAAUGAAUACGAUGUCAGCAAAAUUAACAUCUGCUGCUACGUUCACUCCUGCCACUAUAAAUAAUACUCCAGAACAAUCAAAAAUGCUAACGUCAAAUACCAACAGUGGUACAUCGAUUCAAAAUAUAGACAGUCAAAGUAGUAGUACCGUGCAAGAAAAUAAUAGAGAUUUACCUGAAUUGAAUAUACCUGAGAAGAUUUUAUUUGUCGUUGAUACCGCCAAAGAGGAGAACUGUACGCCAUUUAAAGUUGGUAUGGGUGAAUCUUAUUCUCCCUUGUAUAUGAUCAAGCGUGUCGUAGAAACUUUCAUCAAUGCCAAAUCUACGAUACAAAGGAAGCACGAGUAUGGUCUUAUGAUUUUAGAAUCUUCUAGUGUACGCUGGAUCAGCGAUUUCACAAAUAAUGUCAAAACUAUUUUGAAUUAUCUUGAUACUAUAGAAGAAAGCAUUAAUCAAGAGAAAACAUUUAAUAUGGGAUUAAUAUUUAAAGAGAUAUGGUUUAAAAUACCUAAAGAUAAUUGCGUUAAUUUUCUACCUGUUUUUACGACUCGUGUUAUUCUGAUAUAUUCGAGAUCUAAUUGUAUACCGAAAUUUUAUGAGUGCAGUGGACCAAGUGGAAGUGAAUGUUUAGUUACCAUUACUUCCAAUCCGUAUUUCUUUUUGGACGUCUUAUACGUACAUGAACCACCAACUACAGAAAAUUUAUGUGAAGAUGUUUAUACUGAAUUAAUUUCUUUGGAUAUCUGUCAUUUUUGUCAUGUCUAUGAAGUAGGAAGAAAUGCUGCUAAAUUGCACGAUAAUAUGGCCAAACUAUUGGCUCAUCCACUACAACGACCACUUCAAGUAGAUACGUGUUAUAGUAUUAAUGAAACUAUUCUUACAAACAAUUAAAUAUUCCUUUAACUCUUUCUUUUAUUCAUUUCUUAUUAAUCUUCAUAUUUGAAUGAAUAACUAUAUUGAAUUUUACAUUAUGUAUACCGUGCCAUAUGGCAUUAUUUAUUUAUAGUAAAACUAUUAUAGUUUUAAUAUGGUUUUCUUGUUUUCAUUACUAUGCAUUGCAAAUUCGUACUUGGUGAAUAAAAUAAGACCCUCUACUGUUAUUUCAAACUUUAAAUUUUUUGUAUAAAUUAUGUGAUCUAUGGAUUCCAUGUUUAAAGGAUUAUACGUGUUUUUUUUUAAUGCCAAUCAAUUUUGGUAAUUUCAAAAUAUGAAAUUUUUAUCAUUUUUAUUACAUUCGCAGCAUGAAGAAGUUUGGAGUUAUCUCAUUGAAUCAGAAUUUCUCAUCGUGUUUUGGACAUUUUUAACAUGUUGCCUUAACUAGUCGUUGGAAUAACUCUACAUAUUAUGCAAAAGCUGUGCAAUUAUACUUUUAAACAUUA